UAUACAUAUUAGCUUAGGUUUAUUGGUUAUGGUAACAUCUUUACCUGGUCUAUAUAAUUCCAUGUAUUUUUAUUGUCCUUUCUUUGAUUCCUGAGUAGAAAAAAAAAGAAUUCCUAAGAAAUUUGGCAAGUAGAUACCCUGCAUAGCUCAGAAGUAGAAGAUAGUAAUGCAGUAAAAUUCCCUUUCAACAGCAGUUAUGUUGGGUCAAAAGGAAUUUAGAGAGACAAGAUCACGAGAUGGGAGGCACUGUGAUCUCUGUGGAUGUUCAUCACCAGCUGUUCGAUGUGAUAAAUGUAAUAUGCAACUUUUUUGCCUUUCCUGUGAUGAUAUGUACCAUCGACAUCCCAAAAGGAAAUCUCACUUGCGGCGUGCAGUCGAUAGUCUAAUUCCUGGUGGCGGUCGCCUUCCCUCACACCCUACACAAAUUUUGGGUGGGGAUCCCUCCAAAAUGCCAAUUCCUCCCCCUCGAAAAAAAAGGAAAAAACAAUUUUUGGAACAAUUGGUAGAAGUUCUACAGCUGAGACACCUCUUCUUCCUAGAAAAGAGUUCUCUUGGUCAAAUAAACUUGGAAGUUUGAAGCGAUUUAUGGCUAGUCGUCCACUGCCACCAACACCAAAAGACUCCGGCAAUGAUGGUAGUGAAAAUCUUCAAGUACCAGGAGUCAUAUCUAGUCAACCUCAAAUAAUGAGACAUCAUGGAAAUGAAGGACAUCCUCCAUCUCUACCACAACGUACUCUUCCACACUCCCAUCAAAGAGCAAACAGCAUAGAUGAAUUGAUAAUUCCUCGUACUAUGACAGAGAGUAAAACAGAGUCUCAAACAGAAAAUAGAGAAGGCCCAUUUAGCCCUCAAGGUUCACAGCCAGAUAGUACAGCAUAUAAGCAGCAAAUCACAAGAGAUAGAUGGUUAGAAAAUCAGCAAACUCCUGUGGGUUUUCAACCAACAAACAGAGAACACAAUCAACCAACACAUUCAGAUAUCUCUUCAGAAGACAGAAGAAACAAACUAGCACUUCCAGGCUUUCAGUUAAAUAACAGAAGACAUAGCCAACCAGUUCCACCAGACUUCAUGCACCAGCAUGUAACAGAACAAACCAGUGCAGAAAACACACAAGUUCAGGAAGAAACAAAUUUUCCCUGGAGUCCAGAUCUAUCAGCUAGUAGACCGCAAGGUAGUUUCUCUCUUGGGGCUGGCACCCUUGGACAACCCUACCAGUCAUCUGGUCCUGUGAUACAGAGGGGUGAUGUUCGGCAACAGUCUUCGAUGAUGCUGCACAGUAUGAGUAUAGCUGACCUCUCAUCUUACCCUCAGCAACAUCCUCAUUUCCCACCAUACACACAUGGUCAUCCUUAUUUCCAUGGACACACUUUUUUUCAUCCCAACUGUCCACAGUGUUAUGGCAGCUCGUGGGGCACCCCUGGAGAACAACAUAUUGAUAAUAUCCCAUUUGGAAGACAACAUCCAGGCAGAGAUGGGACACUAGGUAGAAUGUCUCAACAACACACACCUGACUACUUCAUGAAUGGUAGAAUGAAGAGGAGUCAAAGUGUGAUGUAUGAUCCAAUGACAGCUCCAGGAUCCUACUUUCCUUUUGGACCUCAUCAUCAAGGAUAUGGAAUGGGACCUCCAUAUUAUCCUCACUCUCAACAUAUGUCUAUAUCACCAUCACCAUCAGGGUCAACGAGAUCCCUUCAUAGAGCUGGAAGACCACACAAACGACAAAGCAUUGAUGAACAGAGUGUAGCCUCUGGAAGCUCCCGUGGGAAGCCAAGAAGCUCUAUCAGGGAGAGGGCCAUCCAUAGAAGGUCAAAGGGAACAGAUAUUGGAACAACUACUGAAGAAGAAGAUUAUUUCUCUGUUCAUGAAGACAGUGAAGAUGAUGAAAUUCUUUCAGAAGCAGCUUCUAGCAUUCGGCGUUACCAGAAAAAGCGAAAUAGAGCAAAAAAAUACUGGGAAUGUGAACAUUGCACAUACCGCAAUCCCUUAGGUACUCGCAUCUGUCAAAUGUGCUGCAAGACGACUUCAAGAGGAAGAGUGGCUUCCCACAGGAGUAAAGAGGAAGAAGAAGUCAAGUCUACAUUACCUCCACCAGAACCAGAAUAUCCAGCAGAAGAGAAACUUGAAGAAGAAGAUAGAGAUCAACAGGAAGAAGAUCUCCCAGUACAAACGUAUCCCCAAACUGAAACAAGUAGUGGUACUACAACUAAAGAGCAAACUGACAUGCCUGUUAUCACUGCAGAUCUGAUAAAGCAACAAGAGGAAAUUGAAAAGGACUUUAAAAAAACAGCAUCUUCAUCAACAUCAGUUCAUAGAAGAGACUCCUCUGUGCAGACACAUAUUGAUGCCAUUCAUGAAGCUUUGAAGUCAAAACAUGAAGAGUCACUUUUGAAUUAUAGCACUGAAAAAAAUAAAACAGAAGAUGUUAGUACAGGCACCAGUUCAUUAACUGAUGCAGUUGUCAAUGGUCAUAAAGUAGAAAUGGGAACCUCACCACCUCCUCAAAAUAUAUAUACUCAGACUACAUUUGAUUCUAACACUGGAGGAUUUUUAGAUCUUAAUAGGCCAUCUUUUAAUAAUGAUGUUGUUCCACCUAAUAAACCCCUCUCCUCUUUUAAACAAACUUAUGAAGAUAGAGGACUUAGAGGUGCAUUGUUUCGCAGUUUAAGUCGUAGUUCUCUUAACAGUGAGUCAGUGGCUAUGCAUCCUGGAGACAGCCAUUUUGAUCCUGCAGAACCAUUGAGUUUCAAAAGCAUUGGCACACCAUUACGUGGUGAAUUUAGAAACUCUAGCUGGGACUUAAGAAGUAGACCUCAUUUUGGAACAUCAAGGUUUAAAAAUGACCAGUAUGACUGGGGACAAGAUCAUAACUUGUCAAAGCAGGAUAAAUAUCGAAGCAUGGAGGAACUUGUAGAACGAAGAAGGCAAGAGAACAUGCGCACUCAAGGAAUGGAAAUGGUUCGUCUUGUGAGGGAAGCAGAACAACAUGGUUUCUCAGCUGAUGAGCUACAAGUAGCCUUAAGCAACUGUGGAAAACAAAAUCCCAUCCAUUGGUUGCAGGAGAACUGGAAGAACAUGGUGGAAACUGUUGUUACCUUGGCAACUAAUUAUGGUCAUGACAAGCGAGACAAUAAUGUGGGGAUCAUCACUGUAACAGAAUCACGUGAAGCACUAGUAACCCAUAGAGGAAAUGUUUGGGCAUCAGUUACAGAAUGUGUUGAGGGACGGCAGAGAAAGUUCAUGGAAUUGACUUCAAGGGGGAAUUUCUCUCCUGGAGAAAUAGUUGCAGCUCUCACAGCAAGUCAUGGUAAUGUUGAGAAGGCUUAUAUAGAUCUUACAAAAUCAACUGUGAAACCUUUUCUAAUGCGAAUUUGGGGUCCAGGAGCAGGAGUGGACAACCAAGAAGGUGCCAUCAGACGACAUACUUUACAGUCUACAAUCAAUAAGAAGCAGGACAGAAUUUGGUCUGAAGAGAUUAGUGACUUGGAAUCAGAUCAGCUGAGUCCUCAUGAUAUUUUGUCAAUACCCUCUCCUCCUCUUUCUAUUAAAACUCGGGAAAGUUCCUGGUCCAGGGACAUAAGUGAGGUUGAAACUGGUAAGGGAAGCUCACUUCCUGUUACACAAGGACCUUCACCUUCCCAAUCAGUUCAUGAUCAGCAAUGGUGUGAAAAUAUAAAUGACCUAAAGUCAGGUCAGCAAAGCCCAACUGUCUUUUCAAUAGAUCCUUCUUCCUCCAUUAGUCAUUCCACCCAUAAUAGAAUGAUGUCUGAAUUUGAGAAUGUUACUGAUGUGGAAUUAGAACAGCAGAGUCCUCUCGUAACUCGGAAGAAUUUAUCACCAGUGUUGAGGAGAAGUGCAAGUGAAUUGAUUAUCAGUAAAACUGAAGGAAAACAGAAAGAUAAAAGUGAAAAAAGUAGCCGUCCAAGUUUCCUGAGACGACUAGCUUCACUUAGAAGAGACAAAACGAAAGAAAAAAAGAAAGAUAAGGGGACCAAUUUAGUUGAGCAGGAUACAUCUCUAACAUAUGAAGAAUUACAAUUUGGCAAAAAGUAUGAUAACACUGAACAAAUAUUAGAAGGAAACGAAGGGAUGAGAAACCAUGAUGUGUAUGCUGUAUCUUCUAGUGCUGCAAAUCCAGUUAAGAUCAGUCUUUUGUUUCCUCAGAAGAAUGAUUCUGUUCUUUAUGAAAUUCAAUCUUCCAAGAAUACAUCAUCUGUAAAAAAAUCUCAGUCUGAUGAGCCUAGAUAUGCAUCAGAACUUUUAACUGAAGUAAAAAGUUCAAAGAAGAAACUUCCAAGUUUCUUUGAAAGAAAUAAAAAACUGAUUUCUGGCCGUGUCUUUAAAAAUGUUGAGCCUGAAACCAACAGAAACCAAAUGCAGUUACAUCAAACUGUCCAAAAUCCUGUCAGAGGGAGUAAGGUUGAAAUCACUAAUUCUUGCACAAAUGUGAGAGAUUUACCUUCAGAAAUGAUUAGAAUACCAGCUGACACUGAUGAGGAUGAAAUAAAUAAUUCCUUUGAACCUUCAUCUCAUGUUAAGUCCGAGACUAGUAGAAAACAAAAAUAUUUAUCAAAAAAAACUCACAAUAGAAGAUGCAGGGCUACUUCAAAAACAUUUGAAAUUAUUAGGAAACUGAAUCAGAAAUCCAAAACAGAUUCUGAUUCUUCUGAGACAGAUGAACCACAUGUUAGAUCUGAGGCGAACAGAAAACAAAAAUAUAAUAUCAAAUCUACUGAUAAUAAUGUUGAAGAAAAAAAAGAAUUAGAACAUACUUUAAAUGUUUCUAUUGUUAAUAAAGACAUACAACAAGAUUUGAAAAUAGAACCAGAUUUGUCUGGUGGAGCUGAAAACAUGGUGACAGGAUGCUCUUUCAAUAAAACUGUAAACAGUAAAAGUCAAAAUAUCUCUAGCAUUGUUCACAAAAACAAAAAAUCUGAACCUACUUUAGGUGUUGCUGAAAUCAAUAACAACUUGUUUCAUGAAUCUGAAACAACACCCAAAUUAUCUAAAAUAGAUGUAAUCUCAAAUGCAGAUCACAAAACAACUAUUGAGAACAAGGAAGAAGGAAGCCAAACUUUUGAGCAUAAAAUGAACUCUGCUAUAUCCAAAGUUACCGAAAUAAAUGAAUCAAAGAUAGUUUCUAAAGGAGGUAACACUUCUAGUACCCCUAAUUCAAAUCUUGUACUUAAUGAUACUAAGCAAAUUGCUCAUCAUUUAGAUCAACCCCAAGUUCUGCAGCCUGUGAAGAAAGAAACACUACUUGAGUCUCCUGAAAGGACAAAACCACCCCGAUUCCUAGAUCUUUCAAAGAAAUUAAGUACUGUUAGCUUUUCUAAAACUGAAAGCAAUGAUAUAAAUGAAGAUGUAAUCUCAAAUGCAGAUCACAAAACAACUAUUGAGAACAAGGAACAAGUAAGCCAAUCUUUUGAGCAUAAAAUGAACUCUGCUAUAUCCAAAGUUACCGAAACAAAUGAAUCAAAGAUAGUUUCCAAAGGAGGUAACACUUCUAGUACCCCUAAUUCAAAUCUUGUACCUAAUGAUACUAAGCAAAUUGCUCAUCAUUUAGAUCAACCCCAAGCUCUGGAGCCUCUGAAGAAAGAAACACUACCUGAGUCUCCUGAAAGGACAAAACCACCCCGAUUCCUAGAUCUUUCAAAGAAAGUAAAUACUGUUAGCUCUUCUAAAACUGAAAGUAGUGACCUAAAUGAAGAUUUUGGCACUCUUCUAACAGAAGAAGUAAGUUAUGUCAACCCCAUCAGUGAGACCAACACAACUGAAAAACAAUCAACCAAAAAAGGUGGUUCUACAAUCAAAAAUUUCUUUUCAUCGUCAAAGAAAAAAAAUUAUCGUCCUGUGUCAGUAACAAAUGAAAAACGACUUGAAUUUGAGAGAAAAGUCAGAAGUUUUCUGACUCAAGGAAAAUGCCAGACUUAUGAACAAUCAGAAAUUGCAAUCAAACUUAUGGAUAUGAAAUUUGAUGAAAAGGAAGCUCUUCAGGCUGCUAUGGAAUGUGAUUCCCUAUAUCAAGCUGUCAACUUCCUGCAACAAGAAUGUGAGCUGUGUUCUGGGAAGUUCCCUAUGGCUGAGAUGCUGGCAAUGUUUCACUGUCCUCAUCGCGCAUGUAAAGAAUGUUUGAAGGCUUACUUCACCAUUCAGACAAGAGACAGAAAUAUCAUGGAGUUGCGGUGCCCCUUCUGUAAUGAACCAGAUUUGUCGAAUGAAGAUGUAGCCCAAGAUUACUUCAACCAUAUGGACCAACUGCUAAAGAACCUGGUAGAACCUGAGACCCAUGAACUGUUUCAGAAAAAGCUGCGAGAUAAAGUGCUGAUGAAAGAUCCAAACUUCCACUGGUGUUCUCAGUGCUCAUCUGGCUUCAUUUCCAAUCCAAACCAGAAAAGGUUGAUGUGCCCAGACUGUAAAGCUAUAAUAUGUGCCCAGUGUAGAAAACUGUGGGAGAAACAGCAUGAUGGCCUCAGCUGUGAACAGUUCCAGGCUUGGAAGGAUUCUAAUGAUCCUGAGGCUCAAGCUGCAGGCUUAGCCAAACAUUUGGAGGAGAAUGGCAUUGUGUGUCCUAGUUGCCAUUUCCAAUAUUCCUUGGCCAAAGGAGGGUGUAUGCAUUUUCGAUGCAUACAGUGUCAGUAUGACUUUUGCAGUGGCUGUGGUGGUGCCUUUAAGAUGGGAAAGAAGUGUGGGCUGUCAAAUUUCUGUGAGAAAUUGGGACUGCAUGCACAUCAUCCACGAAAUUGUCUGUUUUAUCUUCGUGAUAAAGAUCCUGCUGACCUGCAGGAAUUGCUGGAUGCCUACAAUGUACCUUAUAAUAAAGAACCACCUGAAGGAACAGAGAUCAAGGAGCAUUGUCAAGUGAUGGAACAAAAAGAGACACUCUCUGGACUGGCAGAUGAUAUCUGUGGUAAAGAAGUGCUUGAAGGGCAUGCAGGUUUGUGUAGACUACAUUAUGUGGAGUACCUAGGUGAAUUAGUGAGGAAACACAACAUUGAUCCCCUGACCAUCUUCAACAUUGAUGAGCUGGAACUUGUUCUGAAAAGAGCCACUCUUCGUCUUCCUGUUAAAUUACGGCAGGACUCAGAGGAACAAUACCGAGAAAAACUUAUCAAGAAUAUUGAGAAAGAGCUACCAAUUCGUAAGAUUACAACAACAUUAAGAUGAAAAGUUGUAAGUGAGAAGAAUAUGAAAAUUUCCCAACAAAAUCAUCCCAAUACCACCUGUUGUCAAACCUAAGCACUACAGCCAUUUGGUUGGAUAAUUCAAUUAAAGUGUAUUUUUAUUAUCAGGGAAGAGAGAUGUCGUGCAUACAGUUGGACCCUAAGAUUUGCAGGAUUUCAUUUUGAAGCUCAUGAUUAUUGCUGCUUAAGUACUCAAAAAUGCUUGUAACAUUAUUGCAGUUUUAAUAUAUUUUAGUAAAUGUUGUGAAGAAUAUGGCAGAUUCUGCCAAAAAUCCAGUCACCCUUGUGAUUCACUAAUGAAUAGACUAAUUAAGCAUACCACAUAUGAUACUUAUUUUGCAAGUGCUUAUUGAUGUUGUGCAAAAACAUAUAAAAGAAUUACAUCUAACACGUUUCAUAUGUAUGCCAUUCAUUAAAAACGCAGAAUGACAUGAAAAUAGACAUAAAAAGUCAUAAUACCCCCCCCCCUUCUUCACAUGUGAGCAAGAUUAAAAAAGCUUUAGACCAAUUUUCUUCUUCAGAGUUUUAUAACUAUAGUCAUAGCUGUAUUAAUAAAUAUUUAGAAACCUUCCCAGUAGACCAGCAUAAUUCUAUAUAUAUCUUUUAAUGGGACGUUAAGAAAAGUCCAAUAUUAGUUUAAUUUCCUGCAUAGAUUUUAUGUAACCAAAGAUGUAGAUUUGUAGAUAUUUAUUUUGUAUAAUUUUCCCUGUGGUUAAAUUGUCAAAUAAUAAUGAGAGUGGUUUGAAAGUAGCGUAGAAGUUAUAAGGCUUGGAACUUCUAUUGACUGAUGAAGACAAAGUGCAUAAAAGGGUAUAAUUUUUAAGACUCAAGUGUUCAAGCUUCCUCUGUGAAGAGAUAACACCAACUCGUAUUCUUCUUUGUCUGUCAAUCCAUAAAAUCUAACUUAUAUUCAAUCAACCAAUGUUGUGUUAACUCCUAAAAGAGGUAACUAGGUAUACCCCCCCCCCUCUUCAGUAGCUCAGCAGUAAGUCUUGGGGCUUAUAAUGCUAAAAUUCAGAUGUUGAUAUCUUCAAUGGGCAAAGGACAGUGUAACUUUGCACUUAAAAACAAAUAAAUUAUUAAAUUAAUUCUGAUAUGAGUAAAGCUAUUUUAUUUCUCAAUUAUAAGGGACAUAACUGUGGAUUGUCUUAAAUAUCAUAUUAUUUGUUGCCAAAUUUUUAAUAUUGUUAAAAAAUAUAGGAUCUCAUUUUACAAAUCUAUCUAAUAAGGACAAAAAAAGUGGGAAAUAUAUGGUGACAAAACCAAUGCUUGUAUUAUUUCACUUAUAAGUCUAAAAAGUAAACAAAAUAUCAUAUAUGUAUGUAGAAGCAAUAUACAUACAUGAUACCAUAUGAAAUUCAAGUAAAAUAACACACCUAUGUUAAAAAAGUCUUUGUAUUACAAAACUGCCAUACAUACACAUAUUUUACUGUUUUUUCAGAAAUAUUUUAGAACUUAUGUUUCAUUCUAUUGCAUCUUUUAGUGUUCAUCUAGUUUCUAUGUCAUUAGUUUGUUCAUUUACCCUAAUUCUUGAAAUAAAUAAAAGAUGUGACUUCAGUGACAUACUACUACAAAAUAACUUGUAAUGCUAAGAUAUAUUAACUAAUUAAUUUGUAUAAAAGAUUAAUGCAAUGAAACUAUAUUUAACACACUGUCUUUCUUUUAUUUGAUUUGUGAUAACUUGGAGUGAAUGCUCGUUAUUCAUAUAUGCUCAUAAACUCUAUGCAGUAUGUUUAUUGCCUUUUAAUAGAUGAUUAUGUAAUGGCACUGAUACUUUGUAGAUCUUGUAUAUGUUAAAAUUCUCACUGGUAGGUGCAAGUUCUUUCUGAAAAACAAAGCCAUGAAUGCUUUUUAAAAAGCUUCUCAAAAAUCCCAAGAAUUGUUAGGAAUUUCAUUUUCAUACUGGUUUUCCUGUUAAUCCCUUCUGAGACUGACUGCCUUCAUAUUAAUGCAUGUAACUUGAGUAGAAAUAUAACACUUAGGCUUAGGAAUUGUCCUACAAUUGCCUGUGGAAUAUAUUUACUUCUAUAUGAUACACAAGAUACUUGAAUAUCACAACUAACAAGUAAUUUGGGUAAGAAUAUAUUCAAAUUCUGGUUACCUGUUUGAGAACUAUCUUGAUGAAGCAUAAAAGCUGACAUUGUGUUUGUUAUUGUAAAAAAAUUAAACCUUUAUGGUGAAUAGAGAAUAUUAGUUGUCUUACAUAAUUCUUUGUUAAAACUCUUCCAAACUUUGGUCACUUUUUUUAAUGUAAAAUAAUGCUCAUAGAUGUUAUAAAGAAGUUCUAUGACUUAAUAAACAUUGAUGAUCAGAUUGAUGACAUGUGAAGUUGUUAUAUCUUGGUUUGUAGUAAAUUUAACUUUCAAUACAGAUUUUCAAAAAAUUACAAGACUAGUUUUAUUUUAUGCAGUGAAAUUUGUUUAUAUUAAACGUAGUGCAUUUUUAAUACAGUUUUUAUUAAAAUUAAUGCCAAUCUUAUGUAUUAUUAUUACAGAAAUUAAACUAGCAUAUUUUUAUCAUAGCAUAAUCUUCUUUAUCACAAAGAUUAUGUAUAUACUCUCCAUGUUACCAUGCUGUAACAGUUAAUAUAUAAAGCUUCAAUAACAUAAGUAAUUAAAUGAUUUGAAAGAAAAUGAAUUAUAUUUAUGGUGUUUUACAAUUCUGUGUGAAUGAAAAAAAGUUAAUCCAAGUCUAGGCCUAGGUGCUUAUUAAAUCAUUAUGCAUUGUUUAAUGAAUAUGAUGUCAUUUAGGAAACUCUCAUGGUCCUUUACAGUUGCUUUAAACUCCACUAAUUGACAAUGAAUGAUAAAUAAAUACUUUUCUGAAAUUAUAAUAAAGUUAUUCAGAAGCUGCUGUG